AGCGCCCAGGUCCCCUCUUCAGCUCCUCCCUCCUCUGUAGGACACGGAGCUGGCCGUAGUGAGCUCCUGGACCCUUUGGACCCCUCACUUCGCGAAGCUCCCGGUUUUCUCUCUAGAGCUAGGUCUAUAAGCCUCUUCAAUCUUCCUGGAAGGUGACUAGAAGCAGCCGUGGGGAAGAGACAAGCAGCCGCAGCCGCAGCCAACAGCAGCCACCGCCACUAGGCCCCGCCCAGGAGCAGCAGAUCAGGGCCGCGCCCGAGACCGCUGCCGAGCGGGGGCUUCUGAUCUGCCUUUUCCAGGUGUGCAACCCAAUCCGCCUUCGCAGCCGGAACUUUCUCCUUCCGAUCCUCUGUUAAGGAAGCAGCCAUGCCGGUCACAGUCACCCGUACAACCAUCACAACUACAACAUCAUCCUCCACCACUGUGGGGUCCGCCCGGGCGCUGACCCAGCCCCUGGGCCUCCUCCGCCUCCUGCAGCUAGUAUCCACCUGUGUGGCUUUCUCACUGGUGGCCAGUGUGGGUGCUUGGACAGGGCCCAUGGGUAACUGGGCCAUGUUCACCUGGUGUUUCUGCUUUGCUGUUACCCUCAUCAUCCUGAUUGUGGAGUUAGGUGGAUUCCAGGCCCGCUUCCCCCUGUCAUGGCGAAACUUCCCUAUCACGUUCGCCUGUUACGCGGCCCUCUUCUGCCUGUCCUCUUCCAUCAUCUAUCCCACCACCUACGUGCAGUUCCUACCUCACGGACGUUCCCGGGACCACGCCAUCGCUGCCACCACCUUCUCCUGCGUUGCCUGUUUGGCGUAUGCUACUGAAGUGGCCUGGACUCGUGCAAGGCCUGGUGAGAUCACUGGCUACAUGGCUACCGUGCCAGGGCUGCUCAAAGUGUUCGAGACCUUCGUAGCCUGCAUCAUCUUUGCCUUCAUCAGUGAGCCGAGCCUGUACCAGCAAAGGCCGGCCCUGGAAUGGUGUGUGGCAGUCUAUGCCAUCUGCUUCAUCCUAGCAGCAGUGACCGUCCUACUCAACCUGGGGGAUUGUACCAACAUGCUGCCCAUCCCUUUCCCUACCUUCCUGUCAGGCCUGGCCUUACUGUCUGUGCUCCUUUACGCCACUGCCAUUGUUCUCUGGCCCCUCUACCAAUUUGAUCAGAGGUAUAACAGCCAACCCCGCCGUUCAAUGGAUCCAAGCUGCUCUCGUACUUAUGUACAACCCAAUGCAGUGUGUAGCUGGGACCGACGGCUGGCGGUGUCCAUCCUGACAGGUAUCAACCUGCUGGCAUAUGUGUCUGAUCUGGUGUAUUCCACCCGUCUGGUGUUCGUCAAGGUCUAAGUUUGACAAGGGGUUCCCUUCCCCAUCUCUCCUUGCAGCCUCUUCAAUCUGAUUACCCAGGUGAUUGGUAUCGUCCUGUUUUCUCCUCAUCUCCCACCCGUUUCCUCCUCCCCGUCGGAUACGUAUGCUCUUCCUUAGUCCCUGUUUCCUUCUCCAUCCCUUUCUUAACCUUUCCUCUUCUGAUAUGCCUGCUUUACCCGUGAGCUGUGGCUUCACAGCUUACCUCCUUCAUUUUUCUAUCUCUAUAGUCUUUCCUGUGGGUUUUGUCACCUGCCUGUUUUCUUGGGAGCCCUCAGAAUUCUUGCUUUUUCUUCCUUACCCCUCAAAGGUGCUGGCCCCACACAUCCCACACUCCUUUGCAGUUACCCACGCUCCUUUGCAGUUCUUCACCCCAUGGGCCUCUUUACAGGCCUCAUUGCCAAAGCAUGCCUGCCUGCCUGCCUGCCUGCCUGCCUGCCUUCGCUGUGCCUUAGUCAGUAUGUAUGG